CCUAGUUUGCCUUCUCUUUUCCCGCCUUUCUUCCGCCCUCCUCCCCUCUGCCUCUCCCUGUAGAUCUCUGGUGAGCCUGGCCUAGGGCAUGCCCCAGUUCACUUUUGCCUGCUUCUGUGGCCUCCACGGCUUCUGCAAGAUGAAGAGGAAGAAAGAGGAAGUCCGCAGAGAGCGGGAAACGGCUGUGUGAGCAGGACCAGGGCCGUUCUUCAGCCCCAGCAGGUUCCCGGCGGACAGCGCCCACUUCUGGCUGGGAGCUUGAAGCAGGAAGCCCAUGUGCACCCUACAUCUCGGUGUAGCUGGUGUUCCCCUGCGGAAGGCUUGGCUCUCACCUGAGAACAGCAGCCCUGUGUGCUUCAGCC